AUGGUAAGACAAUCUUAUUCUUUAAAUGGUCAUAUUACUGAUCUUGAAAAGUAUGAUAAAUACCAUUUUAUAGCAACAUUAUCUAUUUUUAUUUCUGGUUUAGCUAUUUUUUCACUUCUUUUAUCAGCUGUUACUAUUAUAAAUAAAGUAGAAAAUGUUAGUUUGGAUAUUGAACAAAGAUCUUCAAUGUUUAAAGCUAAUAGUGAAAGUUCUUGGAUUCAAAUGAUGGAAUUACAAAAUAGUGAUAGUAGUGUUUUGAUAGAAAAUAUUUCAUUUCGUGUUAAAAAAAAUAUUGAUAGUGUAAAUAAAUGCAAUCAGUGUAUCCGUUUAACAUGUCCGAAUGGAGCACCUGGUCCUGUAGGACCACCAGGAAUUGAUGGUGCUCCUGGAGAUCCUGGAAAAAUAGGAGCUGCAGGAAAAGAUGGUUUUGAUAUUACUUUAUCACCACCACCUGAAUUACCAUGUAAAAUAUGUCCAGCAGGCCCUACAGGAGGAAGAGGAUCACAAGGAGAAAGAGGUAGACCAGGUUCACCUGGAAAUUCUGGUUCUCCUGGUAUUCCAGGAAAACCUGGUAUUGAUGGACCUCAAGGAUUACCUGGAAAUCCAGGAUUAAAAGGUAAAGAUGGAUCAGUAGGACCAAAAGGUUUUCCAGGAGAUACUGUUGUUAGUGGAAUUGGUGUCAAAGGUCCAAAAGGACCACCUGGACCAUCUGGAAUUAAAGGGCCUCAUGGACUACCAGGUAGACCUUCUAAUAUGCCUGGAAGUGUAGGAGAGCUAGGAAAAGUUGGACCACCAGGACCUCGUGGUUUUCCAGGAAAAGCUGGAGAUCGUGGAGAUUGGGGAAUUCAAGGACUUGCUGGAGAAUCAGCAACUUAUUGUCCAUCUGAUUGUGGUGUUUCUAAAAUUCUAGCUCCUUUACAUAUUACAUUUCCUUUAAAUGAUGGAGGAGAUAAUUAUGAUGAAGAAGAGGUUACUCCAGUGGAAGUUGGUCCAUCUCCAGAUGUUUCAGAAAAUCAAGGAUAUACUUUUUAG